UUGUCCAAGAAUAUUCAUAUUCGCAGCACGAUUUAGCGGCAUCCACACAGCGUGUUUUGCAGCGACGCAAAAACAACAUGGAAUGCCCAAUCAAUCCGGCCGAGCUGCAAAAGCUUAAGGUUUUCAUUAACCUAUGCCAGAUGACCCCGCAGUUGCUCAACCUGCCACAGCUGGACUUUUUGAAAGCAUUCAUCGUCAGCUUGGGCGGAAAGGUACCGGAAGGGCAGCCGGAUCUUGGCAAUAUGGGUGGUGCCCAAAAACCAACUCCUCCACCAUCGACGGAGAAGAAACAAAAAGAAGAGGCACAACCAGAAGUGGUCGAGUCCGAUCCGGAAUCUGACCUCGAGCUCGACAACGAGGGCUGUGUAGAGCCAGACACCGAACCGGACCAGCCGAUGGGAGAUGCCUCGAAGGAGCCGUCGGAAGAAGAGUACGAUCAAGCAAACGAUCUGCGAUCACAGGCGGCCAUGGCGUACAGUGAGCAGAACUACGACGGUGCCAUCAAACUAUUCACCGAUGCCAUUCAACUAAACCCGAAGAGCGCACUGUACUACGCUAAGCGUGGCCAAACAUACCUGAAGCUGCAGAAACCGAAUGCCUGCAUCCGCGAUUGCAAUCGAGCACUGGAGAUCAACCCCGAUUCCGCGACUGCGUACAAAUUCCGCGGACGUGCCAAUCGCCUGCUCGGACUUUGGGAGGAAUCGGCCAAGGAUCUGCGCCAGGCCUGCAAACUGGACUUUGACGAGGAAGCCGACGAAUGGUUGAAAGAGGUGACUCCGAACGCGAAAAAGAUCGCGCAGCACAAACAAAAGCAGGAACGCCGCCGACAGGAACGGGAGUUCCGCGAGCGCCAAGAACGUGUGCGGAAGGCUCAGGAAGCAAAUCGCAAAGCGGCCGAAGAUGCUAGCACUGGAGGAGCUCCAGGUGGCAUGCCGGGCGGAGGCCCAGGUGGUAUGCCCUUUGGUGGGGAUAACGCAGACUUUUUGAAUGCUUUUAGCGAUCCGGAGGUAUCAGCGGCCAUGUCGGAUAUCCUUACCAACCCGGCCAACAUUAGCAAGUAUCAGAACAACCCCAAAAUCAUGUCUCUCCUCUUGAAGCUGGGUACAGGGGCAGGUGCAGGAGUCGGUGGAUUCCCCCGAUUCGGUGGAGGUGCCGGAGGUUUCCCUGGUUUCGGUGGAGGCGCCGGAGGAUUCCCUGGAUUCGGUGGCCCUGAUGCUGACGCUGGUGCGGGAGCUGGAGCCGGAGCCGGAGCUGGAACCGGGACCGGAGCUGGUGCAGGGGCAGCCUCUGGAGGUAGUGGGGCCCGCGUUGACGACCUGGAUUAAAUGUUCCCGCUCGAUUACCUUAUCUCAAGCAUACGCGUGCGAGCACCCAAAGGCCAGCAGCAUUUUAUAUUGAUACAUUUACCAAAAGGCGUGCCAGCUUUCGCGCCAAGUUUUCGUUGUUUCUAUAUUGCGCUCAUCAAUCAAAAAAAAGGAUGGAACGUAAUUUAACUUACAGUACAGCAUUCACAUUAACCGGUAUAGUAACACCAUACUCGAAUUUCCAAACUGGCAAUAGCGCACCGCGGAUAUGAUACGUAAUGAAGCAAUUUAGCAAUACUUGGAGCUCAGUUCGGCAGCGAGAUGCGCUGUACCAUACACAAAGAAUAUGAACAAAACACCAUUCAUUGACGAU